AUGCUUAAGUUGUGGAAGCAGAAGCAGCAACAGCAGCAGCAGUUCCUUUUAUUAACCUUGAGAAGCGAAGUAAACUUUUAUAUUAUUGAUCUUUACCGUAAAUCGAAUCAGUUACUUAUAGUCUAUGAGUUGUGGAAACAACUGAAGCUAAAUGAUGUUCCUGACAGGCAGCAUUCCACAGAAGCGAUUACAUGCUUAUAA